UAUAAGAAAAUAAAUAAGACACGUGGAAAUGUAUACCAUUUGGCUGAUAAGACCAUUCACUUUCUUCAUCUUCCUCAUACAUACACACUACACUACUCUCUCAAGUCUCAAACAAACACAACAAGAAGAAACAAAGUGCGCCUCUCUCUCUCUCUCAUCAUUCUUCUCCUCCAUUAACCCUCUCUCCCUUCAGAAACUCCAACAUUAUCAUUCCCUUCUCCCUCUAUAAAAAUAAAACAGUUCUCAUGAGUCCUUGGUAUAACAAUUCACUAAACCACCACCACCACCGUCACCAAGAUCAUCGCCAUCCUUCUUUCUCCUCCACUCUCCUCGACCAAAUCUACAACUCCAUCGACUCCGACGUUUCCAUGAGGAAGAAGCAGAACCGCGCCGCGUCUCUCGACGAGAAUCGCGUCUGUCUCGAGAAAAUCCUAGUCAACCGCCGCGUAGUCUCCGGAAGAGAUUCCGUUAGAUCAUCCAAGAAUCCAAAAACCAUCGAGCCAGUUUUCUUCAAGCGUUCAUCGAGCUCCAGCUCCUCCGACUCUAGCGGAUUCUCCUCUUCCUCGUCCGAUUCCUUCUACAGACGAACUCGCUCUCCGCCGCCGGAGAUUCAUCAUCCUAAGCCGGUUCGAACCACCUCCGUCGAGAGACUCGAACGGCCUAACAAUAAUAACAAAGUGAAAACGAAGGCGUUGAACAUGUACAGCGAUUUGAAGAAAACGAAACAGCCGAUCUCUCCAGGCGGACGUCUCGCCACUUUCCUUAACUCUAUUUUCACUAAGAAACCGAAUAAAACCAACACCUCCGCCACGUCACCAACCACCACUUGCUCUUCAGCGUCUUCUCUCUCCAGAUCUUGUUUGAGCAAAACGACGUCGUCUAGUGAAAAAGCGAAACGGUCUGUGCGAUUCUGUCCCCUCGACGAAGACUCCAAGAAGCGUAGUAGUGGCCAUAAGACUCAUAACAUCCACAACGGAUUGUACGGAAAUGACGAGCGUGAGUCCACUCGCCAUCGUCGAAACUUUGAUACUACCGAGAGCCGAGUGAUGGAGGAGGAGAAUCGUCGCGUGAUCGAAGCAGCCAAGGAGCUUAUCAGAACUUACCAGAAGAAUAAAGACGUCGUAAAGAUCUCCGUGGAAGAAGAAGAAGACGACGAUGGUGCGAGCUGCGCGAGCUCCGAUCUGUUCGAGUUGGAUAAUCUAUCGGUGAUUGGAAUCGAUAGGUAUCGAGAAGAGCUUCCCGUCUACGAGACAACUCGUUUUAACACCAAUCGUGUCAUCUCGAGAUGAAUAAAUUUAUUAUUCUCAGAUUAUAUAGUAACUAAUUGUUGCUUAGUUCGUUCCUAAUGUAGUAACUACUUACUGGUUUAAGGGUGGAUUAAUUGAUUUUGGAUUAUACUACAGUUUUCUGAGUGAUGUUAUU